AUUUAUCCGUGUGCAAGAAAAAAGAAGCACUCCCUCCCACACUCACUCACUCACUCACCACCAAGUAACUACCUCAUGGACUCCGACGACGACCUCCACCGCCUCUUAUCGGAGCAACGCCGUGAGCUCGCCACGGCUGAGGCCAUCGACUCCGAUCUCGAAUUCGCAUACCGACUACAGCUUGAGGAAGCUCUCGCCGCCUCCCUCGCUUCCCUCUCCUCCUCUUCCUCCCCGCAACCACCACCACCACCACCAACCAACGAUGACAAAAACGACCCUGUUUUGAACGCCACAACACUCCAGGCGCAAGAACUCGCGAGGGUUGAGCAAGAACUUCGCGACCGCCACCUCAGCGAGGCUGAGGCCCGCAAAACGAGUCUCGAUCUCAACCGUCGCGUCCACGAUCAGAAAGUCGCCAUCGAAAUUCUUAGAAUCCCCGAAGAUGAUUGGGUCGAGUGGGGCGAUAACUUCCAGAAACCCUUCUUCUUCGGGGAGGGUUCUUCUUCUUCUUCUUCGUCGACGAAGAAGAAUAAUACUCGGAAGGGCAAUUUGGAAAUGGACGAAGACGAUGAUGGUGCGGUUUUUAGGGUUUACUUUAAGGGUUUGGUGAGCAAUGACGAGAAGUUGAAGAACGGAGAGAAGGUUCUGUUGGCUGGGAUUGGGGUUGCGAUUUGUGAUCCUGAAGAUAACUUGAUUCUUGAGGUGCGAAAGCCACUCAUUGGGUGUGGAACGAGCAAGAUUGCUGCUGAUCUUAAGGCUUUGAUCGAAGGCUUGAAUGCUGCGUUCGCUUUGGACUUGAAGCGUGUUCGGUUCUUCUGCGAUUACUAUCCAAUUUUCCAAUUCGUUAGGGGAAGAUGGCCUGUGAAACAGCGGAAGGUUGCUGUGCUAGUCAAUCAGGUGAAUCUGCUACGGAGAAAAUUUACUUACUGUGCUCCAAUGCUUCUAGCAAGACAUGAUGUCAAGUAUGCAUUUAAGCUUGCAAGAGAUGCAAUCGUUUCUCAAUUGACAGCGCCUGCGGACUCUAACGGUAUGAAGAAUCUGAAUGAAACUUGUGUCAUAUGUUUGGAGGAUACCGAUGGCAAUAACUUUUUUUCGGUUGAUGGCUGUCAACACCGGUAUUGCUUUUCUUGCAUGAGACAACAUGUGGAGGUGAAGUUGCUUCAUGGGAUGGUGCCAAAAUGCCCUCAUGAAGGAUGCAAUUCCGAGCUUCAAGUUGACAGCUGCAAGAAAUUCUUGACAAAUAAAUUAAUUGAGACCAUGCAACUGCGAAAGUUGGAAGCUUCAAUUCCAGUUACUGAGAAAGUUUAUUGUCCCUAUCCACGAUGCUCUGCUUUGAUGUCAAAAACUGAGCUUUUUGAGUACUCCAAAAAUCUUAUUGGUGAUUUUGAACAAUGGUUUCUGGCAUCCAGGAGUCUAUGGCGCCAGUGCGUGAAAUGUAACCAUAUGAUUGAACUUGCUGAAGGCUGCUAUCACAUGACUUGCAGAUGUGGCUAUGAAUUCUGCUACAACUGUGGAGCCGAGUGGAAGAACAAGAAAGCAACGUGUUCUUGCCCACUUUGGGCUGAGGACAAUAUUUGGUUUGAGGAUCAUGCGAGGGACUCGGACGAAGAAGAAGAAGAAGAGGAGGAGGAAGACGACGAAUUUUUUGACUCUGAUUAUUCAGAUGAUGAAUAUUACUAAUAUGUGCCUUCUAGUGCUAGGUCAAUUGUUUUGUGGUGUGAUCUCUGCAUUUCUCAAAUAGUAAUUUCAUCUGCCUAAUCCUCCCUUUUUCUGGUAUUAAUUUGUAAAUUUUUGGAGCUGACUCACAUAUUCUCAAAAUGAAUCAGUCGGAUUUUGGAAAGAAAACAAAAAAUUACUUGCACAUACCUGACUAGCAAAGUGUGAAUAGUCUAUGGAAACCGGUGGGAGGUUUUAGUAAUGUUUGAUUCAAAUUUGUAUACUCUCUUCUUUUUUAAUUUAUCAUAAUCAGUUUUAUAGGUGCUA